CCACAUCAAAAUCUCGUAAGCCAGGGUAUACCUGCAGAACUUUGAUCAUUUGAUUUGGCAACAGAGGACGAAUGAUUCAUUAAAAAACAUGAUGGAAACCCAAUGGAGCAAAACACAGAGCAAACUAACAACAGCAUCGACUAAAACAGCUUAGACUAUCUUCGGAUAGCACUCAAAGCUGAUGAAAGCACCGCGUCAUUUGCUGCUUAUGUAUUUAGACCAUCACUUUAGUGAAUUUUGCACUUUGUCACAUACAGUCCAAAAAUACUGUGCAUUACAGAUAAGGUGUGAAAGUGAGUGUGCUAGUAGGAUGGAUCGAUUAAAGAAGGGACCCGUCCGGACGCCAUAUUGACCAAAGCAAAAUGGCAGAACAAGAGAAUAGUUGACAAAGUCUGCUGGUUUUCACUGACAGAUGAUUUCUCAAGGCACGAUAACCUGCUACAACAACGCAUCAACGAUCAAAUCUGCUCCUAUGUUCAUGGUGGUGGCCACUCUUCUGAUUUACUAUGAUCAAGUUCCUGCUGAUGGUCAACAAACAGGGGCAGACUCGCCUGUCUAAGUAUUAUGAGACAGUGAACAUUCAGAAGAGGGCAGCUCUUGAAGCUGACGUGGUUAGGGGAUGUCUCUCUCGGAGGAAGGAAGAGUGUUCGUUUGUAGAGUAUAAGGACUACAAACUGGUGUAUCGACAAUAUGCAGCUCUUUUUAUUGUUGUUGGCAUAACCGAUAAUGAGAAUGAACUCUCAAUUUAUGAGCUUCUGCACAACUUUGUCGAAGUGUUAGACAAAUAUUUCAGUCGUGUGAGUGAACUGGAUAUCAUGUUCAAUUUGGAUAAAGUGCACAUUAUUUUAGAUGAAAUGAUCCUAAAUGGACACAUUGUGGAGACCAACAAGAACCGAAUACUGGCACCAUUACUGGCCCUGGACAAGAUGACUGAAAGCUGACAACAUGCAAUGAUAUUUCAUUAAUAUUCCAUUAAUAAAACUAAAAUGGUACCCGCUAA